AUGAAUCAAUAUACAAAUCCAUAUAAUCCAAUAGCUCAUUUUGAUGAAACAGCUGAAGAAAUUCUUCGUGAUUGUACAGAAGAAAAUGGACAAAUCAAAUUGGAUAUGCUAGUAGUUGGUGUUGGAACUGGUGGUACAAUAACUGGAAUAUCAAGGAAAAUAAAAAUGAAAGUGCCUAAUUGUUUAAUUGUUGGAGUGGAUCCAAUCGGUUCAAUUUUAGCCAAUCCAGAGUGUCAAGAAACAACUCCAUACGACGUUGAAGGUAUUGGAUAUGAUUUUUUCCCUACUGUCUUGGAUACAAAUGGAAUUGAUAAAUGGUGUAAAACAGGUGAUCAUGAAUCUUUUGAAAUGGCUAGGCGACUUAUACAUGAAGAAGGUUUACCAUGUGGUGGCAGUUCUGGUGCUGCUGUAGCUGGUGCUAUCAGAACUAUCAAAGAAUUGGGUUUAGGAAAAAACAGUCGAAUCGUGGUUAUUCUACCCGAUAACGUACGCAAUUACAUGUCUAAAUUCUUAUCAAAUGAUUGGAUGUUUAGUCGAGGAUACAUGAACUUUCCUCUUGGUGAUGCAUUUCGAAAUAAUUGGAUUAAUGAUACAUUAGAUGAAUUAAUUGCUGGUCUUCCAAAAACAUUUAGAAUUACUAGUGAAUAUACAGUAAAAGAUGCUUCGAACUUGAUUAAAACGGAGAAUGUAAGGGGAUUGUUGGUGGUAGAAAAUAAUGGAACAAAACUUUGCGUUCUUGGUGUAUUUGAUUCAAAUGUUCUAAGACUAUUAUUCAGUGGAUCUGUUAAACCGACUGAUCUUGUUGUCAAAGCGAUGAAUAAAAAUUAUCGACAAGUUGAGGAAGUACAUGGGCUUGAUCGUGUUUCUCGCGAACUCACCAUUGAAUCAUAUGUCGUUCUGUGGAAUAAAGAAAACCCUUAUUUAGUAUGUCGUGAAGAUUUUCUUCAUUGGUCCCUAUUUAAACAGUAUCGCACCACAGUAAUUGGAAAUUUGAUGGAGGACCUUACAGAUACAUUCAAAGAAGAAAAUGUUUUAGUGUAUUACCAAGAUGAAGGCGCUGGUGUUAGUGGGUCGUGGUUUCAGAGGGCACUGCUUCGUUGA